AAUUAUAUCAAACUAACCCAAAGUUACUUAAAAAAAACUAUUGAUUAAUUUUAAUGAUAUAAAGUAUAAAAAUGCAGGCCAAUAGACUGCCCAAAAAUCCGCGGGAAUCUGCGGGGAUUUUCUCCGUUUUAAUGUUCUGCUUCGCGUUGCCCAUUCUUUUCAAGGGCAGAAAAAAGAAUCUAGAGCCCACCGACCUGUAUACGACUUUAAAAGGGCACAAAGCGGAUACUCUGGGAGAUAGGUUCUUUGAGACUUGGCAGGCAGAAGUCAAGUCCUGUCGGGAUAAGCCGAAAAAGGAGCCAAGCAUUUUAAAGGUUAUAUUAAAGGUAUUUGGAUGGAAACUGUUCGUAUCGGGUAUACUUUGUGGAGCUCUGGAAUUGGGAACGAGAGCUACCUUACCCCUUGUUCUGGGAGCUCUCAUAUCCGAAUUUACCAGGAGCGGAAAUGGAGAUGGAAUAUGGGCUCAAAUUUAUGGAUUAACCCUGAUUUUGACUAUACUGUUUUCAGUUCUAAUGUUUCAUCCCCUUAUGAUGGGUAUGAUGCAUCUGGCCAUGAAAAUGAGAGUGGCAGUGAGUACGGCUAUAUAUCGAAAGGCCCUUCGACUAAGUCGCACUGCCCUGGGAGAUACAACGACGGGUCAAGUGGUUAACCUCUUAUCCAACGACCUGGGCCGCUUCGAUCGGGCCCUAAUACACUUCCACUUCCUGUGGCUGGGACCGCUGGAGUUGCUCAUUUCUUCGUACUUCCUAUACCAACAAAUAGGAAUAGCCUCUCUUUCCGGAAUCGGGAUAUUACUUCUAUACCUUCCGGUUCAAACCCUUUUGAGCCGACUCACUUCGAGGCUGAGACUGCAAACAGCCCUGAGAACCGACCAGAGGGUUAGGAUGAUGAAUGAGAUUAUAUCAGGCAUCCAGGUGAUCAAAAUGUACACCUGGGAGAAGCCGUUUGGAAAGCUAAUCGAGAGCCUUCGGCGCAGUGAAAUGAGCUCCAUUCGCAAGGUGAACUACAUCCGCGGUACGCUUCUAUCGUUCGAGAUUACUCUGGGCAGGAUUGCGAUCUUCGUGAGCCUGCUGGGCUUUGUCCUGAUGGGCGGAGAACUGACUGCGGAGAGGGCUUUCUCCGUAACCGCCUUCUACAAUAUCCUGCGACGCACAGUGGCCAAGUUCUUCCCGAGUGGAAUGUCCCAAUUUGCGGAGAUACUGGUUACCCUUAGGAGAAUCAAGGUCUUUAUGAUGAGAGACGAAUCUGCAGUUCCGCAACUUGAGGGAGGACAUAUAAAUCCGCUUUUCAAAGAGGAACCACUAGUGGAACUGAAAUCCUUUCGAGCGCGCUGGAACCGGGAUCACGUUGAGCCCGUUUUGGAUAAUAUAAACAUCAGUCUGAAGCCACCGCAAUUGGUAGCUGUUAUAGGACCUGUCGGCUCUGGAAAAUCAAGCCUAAUUCAAGCUAUACUGGGAGAACUUCCUGGCGAGUCUGGAAAGCUUAAGGUCGAGGGAAAGAUUUCCUAUGCCUCCCAAGAACCCUGGCUUUUCAACGCCUCGGUAAGGGAUAAUAUUCUUUUCGGUUUACCCAUGGACAAGCUGCGAUAUCGUACUGUCGUCAAGAAGUGCGCUUUGGAAAGAGACUUUGAACUGCUUCAGGGAGACCGCACUUUUGUGGGCGAACGAGGAGCCUCCCUAUCCGGGGGUCAAAGAGCCAGGAUCAGUUUGGCAAGAGCUGUCUACCGGCAGGCAGACACCUACCUUCUUGAUGAUCCUUUGAGUGCCGUGGACACCCACGUGGGUCGCCAUUUAUUCGAGGAGUGCAUGCGCGGUUUUCUCAGGGACAAACUAGUGAUCCUGGUGACCCAUCAACUGCAAUUCCUGGAGCACGCCGACCUCAUAGUUAUCAUGGAUAGGGGAAAAGUAACAGCCAUUGGCACCUAUGAGGAAAUGCUGAAGAGCGGUCAGGAUUUCGCCAAACUUUUGGCUAGGGAGACGCAGGAGGAGAAGGAAAAAUCUGAUGAGGAUAAGCUGAAGGCAUCGGGAGAUGCCAAGUCGGAUAAGUCAAACUACUCGCGUCAAAGUAGUCGUGUUAGUCGAUACAGUGUCACCUCCGUGGAGUCCAGUACGGAGUCUGUAUUCGAAGAUGAAAGGCAACCGGCUCAGGAAAAGCGAUCCCAAGGAAAAAUUGGAUUGAGCAUGUACGGGAAAUAUUUUUCCGCCGGUUCUGGAUGGUUUCUGGUUUUCCUGGUAGCCUUCUUCUGCCUGGGCACCCAAAUCCUGGCUUCUGGAGGGGACUACUUCCUUUCUUACUGGGUGAAAAACAACGACUCCGCUUCUUGGUUGGACAUCUACAUCUUCAGUGGAAUCAAUACAGCCCUCGUGAUCUUUGCACUGCUCCGAACCUUGCUCUUCUUCAGCAUGGCGAUGCACUCCUCCACCCAGUUGCAUAACACCAUGUUCCAAGGUGUUUCCCGCACUGCCCUGUACUUCUUUCACGCAAAUCCCUCAGGCCGAAUCCUCAAUCGAUUUUCCAUGGAUCUGGGACAAGUGGAUGAAAUACUGCCCACCGUCAUGCUCGACUGCAUUCAGAUAUUCCUAACAAUCAGUGGAAUUAUAGGAGUUCUGUGCAUCACAAACCCAUGGUAUUUGGUUAAUACCAUGACCAUGUUCCUGGCAUUCCACUAUCUUCGUAAGUUCUAUCUGAGUACUUCGAGGGAUGUGAAAAGAUUGGAAGCCGUGGCCAGGUCACCGAUGUAUUCCCAUUUUAGUGCCACUUUGAACGGCCUUCCCACCAUCCGAGCUAUGGGUGCUCAGCAACUACUGACCAGGGAAUACGACAACUACCAGGAUCUCCACAGCUCAGGAUAUUACACUUUCCUCUCAACCAAUCGAGCUUUUGGUUACUAUCUGGAUCUGUUUUGCGUGGCCUAUGUCAUAUCGGUAACCAUAAUGAGCUACUUCAAUCCCCCGCUGGACAACCCCGGGCAAAUCGGUUUGGCCAUCACCCAAGCUAUGUCCAUGACUGGGACUGUGCAAUGGGGCAUGCGGCAAUCCGCUGAGCUAGAGAAUUCUAUGACGUCCGUGGAAAGAGUGCUGGAAUACAGGAACCUAGAAUCAGAAGGCGACUUCGAGUCUCCAGAGGAAAAUAAACCACCCAAGAGCUGGCCACAGGAGGGAGAAAUUAAAGCGGAUGAACUUAGUCUGCGAUACAAUCCCGAUCCCAAGGCGGAUCCGGUUUUAAAGUCACUAGAUUUCGUUAUUCAACCACGCGAGAAGAUUGGCAUAGUGGGAAGAACGGGUGCCGGUAAAUCCUCCCUUAUAAAUGCCCUCUUUAGAUUGUCCUACAACGACGGGUCCAUGGUGAUAGAUGGCAGGGAUAUAGCCGAAAUUGGACUACACGAUUUGCGCAGCAAGAUCUCCAUAAUACCCCAGGAACCAGUACUAUUUUCCGGCACCAUGCGCUAUAAUCUGGAUCCCUUCGAGCAAUAUCCUGACGACAAGUUGUGGGAGGCCCUAGAGGAGGUUCACCUUAAAAAGGAGGUGUCCGAGUUGCCGAAGGGUCUUGAGAGUAUGAUCGCCGAAGGGGGUGCCAACUACAGUGUGGGACAAAGGCAACUGGUCUGUUUGGCCAGGGCAAUUCUCCGCGAGAAUAGCAUCCUUGUGAUGGACGAGGCCACGGCAAACGUUGACCCUCAAACGGACGCCCUUAUACAGUCCACCAUUCGCCGCAAGUUCAAAAACUGCACUGUGCUAACCAUAGCCCACAGGUUGAAUACGAUCAUAGAUUCGGAUAAGGUAAUGGUUUUGGAUGCCGGCAAGCUGGUUGAGUUUGGUUCCCCCUAUGAACUUUUGACACAAUCCUGGAGCAAGGUAUUUUACGGAAUGGUCUUGCAGACGGGUCGGUCCAGUUUCGAGCACCUUCUGAAGAUGGCACAUCAGGCCCACGAAAGUAAACUGCUAUCGGAGUGAAUGCCAUCCUUAAAAGAUUUGUACAUUUUAUAUUGUUUACAAUGAUGAGAACCUUAUAUACAUACGUAUUACAAAAACAAUUUAGUUUAAAACAUAAUAAGAAACUCAACAAGUUUUAUACAUACUUUUA